ACAAAAACCCGACAGCAAAUUCUGGGUAACGCUCCUCCUUAAACAAAAUCAAACAAACAAAUUACAAAAUGCAAAUUUGAAUUCUAAAACGAAUAUCAUUGUCCCACGUGUCCACCAAAAAAUUCGACCGUUGUAAAAUCAAACCUUCAUUUCCUCCCCCUCUCCACCGUUCAACACCAUUGUCAUUCUCUCUCUUUAUACUUUCCUUUUCCUCUUUCUCUCUCUACGAUGGCGAUUUCUACGGAAAAACCGACCGAGGAGAAGGUACCUGCAGAGGUUCCUGCAGUGGAGAAGCAACGGUGGGUCCUAAACGAUUUCGAUAUCGGGAAGCCUCUCGGCCGAGGAAAGUUUGGCCAUGUCUACUUGGCUAGAGAGAAGAGAAGUAAUCAUAUUGUGGCAUUGAAAGUACUUUUCAAGAGUCAGCUAAAGCAAUCGCAAGUCGAGCACCAAAUUCGGAGAGAAGUCGAAAUCCAAAGCCAUCUUCGCCAUCCAAACAUACUACGUUUGUAUGGAUAUUUCUACGAUCAGAAACGAGUGUAUUUGAUACUUGAAUAUGCACCCAAAGGUGAACUGUACAAAGAACUCCAGAAGUGCAAGUACUUCAGUGAAAAGCGCGCUGCAACUUAUAUAGCAUCAAUGGCUAGAGCACUUAUUUACUGCCAUGGAAAACACGUGAUACACAGAGAUAUUAAGCCGGAGAAUCUCCUAAUAGGUGCACAGGGUGAACUCAAGAUAGCUGACUUUGGUUGGGCAGUUCAUACAUUCAACCGAAGAAAGACAAUGUGUGGGACACUUGACUACCUUCCUCCAGAAAUGGUUGAGAGCGUAGAACAUGAUGCAAGUGUCGACAUAUGGAGCCUCGGCAUCCUUUGUUAUGAGUUUCUGUAUGGUUUCCCUCCUUUUGAGGCGAAGGAACAUUCAGACACCUAUAGGAGGAUUGUUCUAGUCGAUUUGAAGUUUCCCCCAAAACCCAUUGUAUCAUCAGCUGCAAAGGACCUUAUUAGCAAGAUGCUCGUUAAAGACUCGUCAGAGCGUCUUCCAUUGCACAAGCUUCUGGAACAUACUUGGAUAGUACAAAAUGCAGAUCCUUCAGGUCUUUACAAGUUCUAAUAAUGUAAUGUACUAUUCGGCUCCAUUGAGAUAUGAUACGCCAUGUCAUUAUAACCAAGACCCAAGUACUUGUCUGUAAAACUGUCAUCUAAUUCAUGCUUCCCCAGGAUGGCUAAUAUGUAAAACAACCAUGUCUUCUGAAGUCCUCCCUAUGGAUGUAGCUAUUUUCCUAGGGAUGUAGACUUUUGUUAAGUGAAUACUCCGUAUUAUUCUUUCCCAAAUAUAUACUACGUAUAAGAAUUCUUUUUUUUCA